GGACAUCGGGUUCACAGGGACUCAACGGGCAUGCCAUCAGGACAUGGGUGGUCAGUGCACACACAGCGGGGCCGUUCGGAACACAGGUGGUCGGUGCACACAGCGGGGACAGUUCAGGACACGGGUGGUCGGUGCACACACUGGGGGCACAGUUCAGGACACGGGUGGUCAGUGCGCACAACAGGGACAGUUCAGGACACGGGUGGUCGGUGCACACAGCGGGGACAGUUCAGGACACGGGUGGUCGGUGCACACAGCGGGGACAGUUCAGGACACGGGUGGUCGGUGCGCACAGCAGGCACAGUUCAGGACACAGGUGGUCGUGGCGCACAACAGGGACAGUUCAGGACACGGGUGGUUAGUGCACACAGCUGGGACAGUUCAGAACACGGGUGGUCAGUGCGCACAACAGCCAGUUUAGGACACGGGGUGGUCAGUGCACACAACAGGGACAGUUCAGGACACGGGUGGUCAGUGCACACAGCAGGAACAGUUCAGGACACUGGUGGUCGGUGCACACAGCGG